AUGUCUGGUACGAGUUCACUCAACAUACCAUCGAAUUAUAUCAAAUCAUUCAGUGAUCCAUUAUUAUGUAUUUCAUAUAUUACAACUAGUCCAAAUAAAAAGAUUAAUUUGAUUAUAUUGGAUUUUUCUUAUCAAAAUAUUAUAUCAUUAAUUCAUGAUCUACAACCAGUUAGGGCUAUAUAUUUACUUGGUUCACCUUCUAUAAAUGAUGAAAAAUUUAAAAGAAAAUAUUAUAAAUAUUUAGGCGCAUACGAAGAUGUGCAUCAGUUUUCUAAAAUUAUUGACAGUAUGAGACAAGAGGCACAUGAAAGAAAUGUACGAGCAUUAAAUAUCAGAAUGCAAAUACCAGCAUUUUAUGCAUCUUCUCUACCUUUAAUUUAUUACAAUAGAGGAUGCAUUUGGUUUGAAAAAUAUUAUGAUAAAGCAUUGCUAUGUUUUGAAAAAGCUUUAGAACUUUUAUCUGAAACGAGUACGAUUGAAUAUGCAUUGAUUCUGAAUAAUAUUGGUGGAAUUUAUCAUCGGAAACAAGAAUGGAACAAAGCUUUGGACUAUUUUGAAAAAGCUUUUGAUCUAGCAUUAAAAAUUUUUCCACGAAAUCAUCCAUUAAUAACGGAUUACUUAAAUAAUAUUUCAGCAACAAUCAACCGCCGAUCAGUACAAUUUUGCUUCUUUUUCAAUGAGUUCGUGCACAUCUUGACUUUGCGAUAUAAAUCAGAAAAAAGAUUUUCUUAG